AUGCAACGACUUUGGUCAAGAGUCAAUGCAAUGUCUAUCCAGGCCAAAUGUAUAUUCUGCAGGACGGUCGAAGAUAGCGCUUUUCGCCAGCCCCUGCGAACAAGACAAAGUGUAUCGAUAGAUGGAAUGCGCUUGAAUAAUCAAACCAAAUUACAUUCCCAGACACGACAUUAUGUACCAGCCUUAGCAUAUUCGUCUUCAUUCGAAGAUAUAGUAGAUAAUAGCGAUCGCCAAUUACCAACCCUUGUGUCGUACCUAAAGGAUGAGAUAGAGCAGGUGCGGAAUGACCAACCAAACCUGUCAAUAAACGCGAGGAACAAACCAGCUGUGUUUGCCGAAUUCUAUAAAGUACUAGCAACGCAGGAUAUAGAUUAUAUUUGGCCAGUCUAUACAUAUAUUUAUAGCAAUCAAUACACUCAACACGUUUCACGGCGCCAAUAUAGACAAAUGUUUCUUUCUACUAUCCGCGCACGCGCCACCCAGAAGAAUCUCUUCCGAUUGCUUGCAUUGAUCGACGACAUGAAGUUGCGUGGGAUGAAUUUAAGAUUAUCAGAAUACAAUUCACUGAUGGACUGGGCAGGUGGACGUUCUGUACCAUCUAAUCGCCCUCACCAUCUAACAGAGGCGCUGGCGCUUUUCGAGGAAAUGCAGUCCUCUUCUACUGAACCUGGAGGUCAUUGCGGAAUCAAGCCUUCACUUGUGACCUUUAACACACUCAUUCACAUUGCUUCCCAGCUGUCAGAUAUUAGAACAGCACAACGCCUUUACCAUGAUAUGAUUGCACGUAAAAUCAAACCUGACGCUUAUACUUACUCUACUCUUAUGUACAGUAUGGGGAAACUGGGUGACCUGAAUGGCAUUGAGCGUAUGAUGACCGACCUGAAGGAUAAUAACCUUGAUCACCUUAUUAAAAAUACCAUAACUUGGAACGCACUUAUGUCUAGUUACGCCUGCAAUGGAGCGACAGAAAAAGCAAUACUCAUGUUUCAGGACAUGUUUUCCGCUUUACGGGAUCCACAACAUCAACAUAAGGAAGCUCCACCUGCAGAUGUCCAGAGUUUCCGGAUAUAUAUUGAACUGUUACUUUGGAAGGGAGAUAUUGAUGACGCAUUGACAUGUUUUGACCAAAUGUCAACCUAUAAGAUAAAACCCAUCGCUGCUGUUUACAACGCCUUUUUUGCUUACUUUAUGCGAUCAGUUACUGAAAACCAGUAUCCCGAUCCUGACCUUUUUCAACCUAGUUACGACCACAAAUACGAAGACGGAUACAGCUAUCAAGAUGAUAUUCUGCCGGAUACAUCCAAUAUUGAACAAUAUACUAAAUCCCUACCUCCAUUAUCACUGCCACCUAAUGCACAAUCGCUUGAUAUUAUUCAGCGUCUCUAUGCUACCAUGAGACAACAAAAAAUCCCACCAAACUCUGACACAAUGUAUACCCUCGUAUCUGCCCUUCUAGACCUGGGAAAAACCACCCUGGCACUUGAGACAUUCGUACAGCUCACUGACGAGGCUGCCGUUCCCCUUCCUGUGCAAGAUCUGCGAUCAGUUUCCAUCGCUACCCUGGCAAAACAAAGAGCAAGGCUGAGAAGGAGCACACCCACAAAAUCUUUUAUCCCAUAA